GGUGAUACUUCAGAUCUAUCGAAUCUUAGAAAGCUAAAAAUGGUUUGGCUAGAUAUAACUUUUGCGUUUUAUAAAAUUACAGUUUAUUUUUAAAUUUCGGUAAUUCAUCCUUUUUUCUAAUGUUGGCGAUCUCUUCAACUUAAUUGUGCCAGAAAUUAGUUUUUUCAAAGUUGAAAUGAAUAAUAAGCAACGCAAGUCUAUGUCUCAAGUUAGCAGUACUACUACUGAUGCUAUAUGUUGUAAUGCUAGCUCUUCCAGUUCAACAGAUUCUAGUUCUAAGUGUGAUAGUCCUGCUAGAAAACACAGAAAAGUACAUGAGAGAGAACCUGGAAAAUGCAAAAAACAACCUGUCAUAUCAGCGUUUUUUCAGCCAUCAUCAAGUUUAAAAUUAUCUUCAAAAAUGCCAAUUCAAUUUGAAGCCUCUGUACCACAAGUAAGACAGAACCCAACAGAGAAUAACAACUUUAGUCAAAAGUUUAAACGUCCUGUUUGUAUAUCCACUUUUGAAAAACUACAAAACUAUUCUCAUGUUACAAGAGAUAGAUUGGAAACAAAUAAUGAACAUGAGAUUGAGAAUGACAACAAUGUGAAAACAGAUAUUUUAGAACAAACAGUUAUAAUGAAAAAAGAUGCUAAUGUUUUGAUUGAUAAUAGAAAUGACACUGACAGUAAAGACUUGAACUUGUGCCUAAGAGAAUCAGAAUCAUUUAAUCAAAUAAAGAAGUUUUCAGAAAAGGAAUACAAAUUCCAAGAGCCACAGCCAAGUUGUAGAAAGAAGAUAAAAUAUACUCCUCUUGAAGAACAGUAUAUGGCAAUCAAACAACAAAACCCAGAUGCUAUUCUUCUCGUGGAAUGUGGAUACAAGUACAGAUUUUUUGAUGAAGAUGCAAAGAUUGCAUCACAGAUAUUAAGUAUUGGAUGCUACCAAGACCAUAAUUUUCUGUCAGCCAGCAUCCCAACUCAUCGUCUUCAUGUUCACAUACGAAGGUUAGUGACAAAGGGCUACAAGGUUGGAGUAGUUAAACAGAUUGAAACUGCUGCUUUAAAAGCAGCUGGAAACAACAAGAACAGUGUCUUCAGUCGCAAACUGACUGCAUUAUACACAAAAUCAACUAUGAUUGGAGAAGAUGUCUGCCCUAGUUCCAGUAUUAUAAAUGGUGAAGAAGACGAGCAAGUUUUAGACUUUGUAGGUGACAGUGUGUCAGGGUUUCUUGCAGCUGUAUAUGAAACAGCUGAAAAGAAGGGAAGUCUAAUGAUAGGUGUUGUGGCCGUUCAGCCAACUACAGGAGAUGUCUUAUACAGCAGUUUUCAUGAUUCUGAAACAAGGUCAGAACUGGAGAGCUGUCUAAUUCAUAUUCAUCCUAUAGAAGUAAUUUUACCUGAAACACUGCUCUCUCCACAAACUGUAAAUUUGGUAAAGGAAAUAACAACAUUAAGUCCUACUGCUGAUGAUCGAAGUCGCAUUGAAUGGGUUUCUGACAACACGUUUGAUUUUACUACUGCACUUAGUAUUGUAUCAACAUUUUAUCAAAAGUGUAGCUCUGAUGACAGUCAUGCUAGCUCUGAAAUUGAAAGAAGUCAAAACUUACAGAAAGUGAUGGAUUUCCCACCUGUUAUUAUAUGCUGUUUGAGUUCAUUAAUUAAGUACUUGGAAAUGUUCCAUUUGGAGUCUGUUCUAUACAAUCCCAGUAAUUUCUCUCCCUUGUCAACAACUUCACAGUAUAUAAAUCUACCUGCUACUACCAUAAGAAACUUAGAAAUAUUUCAAAACAAGAGUGAUUUUAAGGAAUAUGGGAGUCUUUUUUGGGUUCUGAAUCACACAAGAACAAAAUUUGGAAGUCGAAUGCUUAAACAUUGGUUGAGGCAACCUCUGCGUGAUUUUCGUCAGAUAGAGGAGCGACAAGAGGUUGUGUCAGAAGUUCUUCACUCUGAUUGUAUGUUCUUCAGCAAGCUAGCUCAACUUCUCUCUAAACUUCCUGAUCUUGAAAAAGGACUCUGUGCUGCAUUACACAAGAAGUGCAACCCUUCACAGUUUCUAGCAGUAGUCAGAGCCUUAAAUGUUGUACAAGAAAAUCUGAAACCUUUGAGAUGCACUGUGGAAAUUGAAGUACAAGCUCCAACACUAAAAGCAUUAGUUUUAGAAACAGUUGAGUUGCUUGGAGACAUUCAAUUCUAUCUUAACAGUCUGGAUGAGAAGGCUGCCAGCAAACUGGAUACAACUAGCAAACUGACCAUAGUUAACAAUAUUUUUACAUCAUUCCCUGAUGUUGUUGAACGGAAGAAAGAAAUGAAUGAAAUUUCUGAUAAGCUGAACAGCCUUAGACCAACAAUAGCACAACUUCUAAAUCUUUCAGCUUUCAACUUUGUUACUGUGGCAGGACAGGAGUAUUUAAUAGAAGUCAAGAAUACUAACCUGUCCCAUGUACCUCGUGAUUGGUUAAAAAUUAGUAUGACAAAACAAGUUUCAAGAUUCCGGUCCCCAGCAGUCGAAUCUUUGCUCAAUCAGUUGCAACAAGUUCAAGAAAAGCUGAAACUUGCCUGCCAUCAAGCGUGGUUAUGCUUUUUAGAUGAGUUCAACUCUAACUUCUACCGAUUUAAGAAAGUAGUAUCAAACUUGGCCACUUUAGACUGCUUCUUCAGCUUAGCAGAAUUUGCUAAACAAGAAAACUACUGCAGGCCUGCCCUUGUAGAUACUUUUCACAAAGAACUAAAGAUUGUUAAUGGUCGUCACCCAAUAAUUGAAAAGCUUUUAUCUGGUCAAGGACAAUAUGUUCCAAAUGACACUUUCCUGAAUUCAGAGAAACGGUGUAUGAUCAUUACUGGACCUAACAUGGGUGGAAAAAGCUCGUAUAUCAAACAAGUUGCAUUGAUAACGAUUCUUGCUCAUAUUGGCUCAUAUGUACCAGCAGAAUCAGUUACCAUCUCUCCAGUUGAUGGAAUAUUUACAAGUUGGUGGAAUAUUUACAAGAUAAAAUGCUUAACACUCUUUGUUACUCAUUACCUUCUGCUGACAGAGCUGCAGGAUCAUUAUCCAAGAAAUGUUACUAACCAUCAGAUGGUGUAUAUGAUUGGAGAUGAAGAUAAUACCAAUAUCCACUCUAAAGAUGUAUCAAAAGUUUCACACUCGUGUUUGACCUUCCUGUACAAACUUGGUGAUGGAGCUGCUGAAAGAAGCUUUGGCUUAAAUGUUGCUCGUAUGGCCGGAAUUCCUGAAUCUAUUAUUAAUUUAGCAUAUUACAAAUCACAGCAGGUGGAGCAGGAAGUUAAGAAACGAAGCACUCUCAGGCGAGAGUUCUUAACCUUGUGGAACAAGAUUACUUGAAGUGGAAGGUGUGUGUAAAACUAAAACCCAUUUAUGUAAUGUGUUAGCAACAGACAAGUUUGAUAAAUUACCAUUAAACUUCACAGAAAUAUGUAUAAAGGAUUCGUAACAAACAAAUUUAGACAUAAAAGUUAAUUCUAAUUUUUGUAGUAUUUUUAUUGUGCAGAAAACAUGAAAAUCUUGCAUUGUAAGUAUAUACCAUUUAAGAGAUACCACAGUUUGCUUGAUAGGUAGAUAAAUAAUGAGGACUUUGAUAUCAAUAUAAUUAUUUCUAAAGCACCAAAAAACUGAUAUACAACUCUAUUUAUAUUUUAACUUUUUUUUUAUGGAAGUAAAACAGAUAGUUCUAGAAAUAAAGAAAUGUAUUUAAUUUUCACUUGAAAAACCUCAUUGGAAUAAUAAAGUAUUUCUGUAAAUAACUGGUAACAUUUUAUGUUUUGUACAAGUAUGCAUUCUGUGCUUUUGUGCAUAAAGAUAGAUAAAUAACAAAAACCUUUUAUUCUCCAUAUAUGUUUUUGAACUUCUUUGGUGAGAUUUUGCUGUGCCAUGCUCGUAAAUUGAACAAAUUCCAAUACAUAUCUUACCUCCCCUCACAUAAUAGCUUUUUUUCAUUCAGUGCUGCCAUCUAUUUGUGCAAUUGUUUUUUCUUGCCACUAACCUUGAAACUGCCACCUACCCCACGUUUCUACGUGGCUCAACUGUGUUGUAGCAUGCAAAUAAGCAUAUGACAACCCUCCUGUUGCAGCUGGCUUCCUCUAUCCUGUAGAACCCAAUCUUCACAUCUCAAUUUGGCACAGUAUUGUUAAGACAUGGUAAUUUUCGCUUGUGUUUUUUUCUUUAAUUUAUGUUUAUUGUUUUUUUCUGUUAAUCAACUUUGUUCUUUGUUUUUCAUGCAGCUUAUUAAACAACAGUUGUUUUUCCCUACAUUUUAUACAGUAAUAACCUCACUGUAGUUUAUUAAUUUCAAAUUUCAUUCAAGUUGAACAUGAAUUCUGAAUUUUAAUUCACUACCACUAUUUCAGUAGUGUCGAAUAUUACAACAUUUUAACUUACAGUGCCUCAGUCUACAGGCUUUACACUUUUGGCUAUGGAGGUCAUGGUUUUUCAAUGGGAGUUGGGGUUCAUCAUAUGGCCAGUUGUUUCUUCCAAGCUCAGUCCUAAAAUUUAUUUGUCUGGUGGAUCUGGACAAGAUUAAGAUGAUUUGGUAAUUUACUAUUUUUCCAUCUCCUUCCUUGACCAUGCAAUCCUGAUUUUCUGCCUAUGGAUGCCUCAAGGCCAUCAUUAGUGUUCUUGGACAUGGGGACACAGGUAUGCUUCCUUUUAUUGGUUCCCUCCUCAUUUAGGCCCCUUCCUUGGUAUACCUAGCUUUCCUUUCUUCUCCUGAUAUUGGGUCCAUGCUCACCAAAUUUUCUUCCACACUUGCGUUCUGGAGGGGGACACGCGUCUCGACUCCCUUGGACUCAGAAUAAUUUUUUUCUGAGCUUCAUGACAUGUUUUUCUGUAUUUAGGCUCCCAAAAUUAGUGUUAUGUAUACUAGAAUAAGGUUUGCCCUAAUACUUUUUGGAUAUGGAUAGUCUUAUGUGUGAUCUCAGAUGUUAUAUUGCCUGCACAGCUUCAUUUCAUGUUUCCUGUUCCCAUUUAUUUAUCCACUGGAAUCCUUCUUCUCUAAGUGAUGUUUCACUCAUCCCCUCACACGUUGGACUUGCAUAUAUUCAUCAUUAUCUCCCAACUCCCUACAGUUUGUUUUUAAAGGUGUCAUAACAUCAGAUUAGACAUCUUCCUUUGUCCCUGGCUGCCCAUCUAUGUCGUAAUUUGGGGGAAAAUAAUCCAGGCUGGAAGGUGGACCACACCAACAAUGUUCACCUUGCAUUAGCCCUGUCAAAUGGCCAUUUCAUCUUCCUCCAAAUAUUGCAUUAUGCCAGAAACAAUACUACACACAUCUGUUCAACUGUGAGUUGGUGUGUUUACUAAUUUCUUUCUUUUUAUU